AUGGUGAUGGAUAAUGUUAAGAUUCUGUUGCAUGCUAGAGAAAUUUAUACAAUUGAGAUAUACUAUUUGUUUGAAGAACAAUUUUUGAAAGGUGGAUCAUGCUAUCAAGAGUGUGUGAUGUUGGAAGAUGGUGUGUACAAGUAUCAUAUUUGGAGGCCUGAUGUUGAUAUUAUUAGGCAUGAAGUGAUCUUUAACAAUAGACAAAUGGACAUUGGAUGUAGUUGCGAGUUGUUCACUGAAUUGGGGAUUUUGUGUUGUCAUUGUUUACGCAUUCUAAAUGUGCAUUAUGUUUCUGAAGUUCCUGAGAAGUAUAUUUUGAAGAGGUGGACUAAAAAAGUCGUUGAAGUUGAUAAUUUUGAUAUAAUGUCUAGAGUUGAUAGUGGUAAUGGUGCAUCUUCUGUUUGGUUAUUAGAAAUCAUUAGGAAAUUUCAGAGGGUUGCUGUUUACAGUCAGGAAAAUAUCGAAGGACGGAAGAUUUGUGAAGAAGCAAUUGCAGAUGCAAAGAGAAGACUUGAAGCUGAAUGUGGUGGUAGUUUAUUUGAAGAAUGUGACAUAGGAUCGUCAAGUGGUGUUAUAAAGGAUCCAUCUACUAGGCGGAUGAAAGGGUUGCGAAAUAGGAGGGUGAGCAGUGUUAUUUCAAAGAAAUAUAACAAAGCAAGGGGACGGAAGCAUCUUGCACAUAUGGUUGCUUCCAAAAUAAAACCAGCUGUUCAGUCUCAAGUUGAUGAUGAUAUUCUAAAUAUUGCUGGUGAUGGAUAUCUUGUGCAUCCAAGUUCCGGAGGUUCUAAUUUUCGUCAUGUUAGCACAAUGUCAAGUAUGGAGGAUAAUUAA